UUUAAAAUUGUCUGUGGCCCAUUUGAAAUCGUUUUGCUAUCUUCUUCGAUGGUCUCCGACGAUUCCCUUCCACAGCCAUGGUUUCCACUCUCUCCAAAUCUCUGUAUUUGACCUAUUCUGAUGCCUGCAUCUCUCAAUCUGCCCUUGCGACUGAUUCUGCCUCUGCGACUCUAACUCUGUCGCUUCGCCUCCGCCGCUUCGCCUCCGCCGCUGCUUCUCCGACUACUCCGCUGUGCGUAUACUCCUGUGCCCGCGGCUCCAGAUCUCCUCCUGUUCUUCAUUAUCCUAUGCGACUUCAGAUCUCUUUCCCUUUUCCACAACUAGGUUUAGAUGGCUCUUAUACUCGAGGCUUCUACAACACUUUCAUUCAGAAUAUAUCACCUACAUGGAGUUCUAGCCACAUCUCAUCGUUUAGGAAUUGUCAUUGAUACCGACCUGGGUAAACUUCGUUCGGCUCUCCAAGAAAUUGUGAAUCCAUAUGAG